CCUGGAUCUUGCUUGAUAUGGGACGUGACGAAGCAUUCGGCUAUUCCCUAUGGGUCUCCGUGAUACUUGUUUACAUUCAGUGAAUGACCCGACCUUUGAAAGGCAUGUGCGAGAGCCCUGCGCCUGCAAUCGCACGUCAAGCGCUGCCUUGCGAGUCCCGCUUCCAGGACUUGCAGCGGCGGCAGGGUCCAUUCUUUCCGGAAGGUGGUCGCUGCUGCUGGAAGACUUCGUUGCGUUAUGCCUUGCUUUUCCAAUAGUAUUGCUGGAAGAAUGCAUCACUGACGGCACCCAGCAUUUGAUUGCAACAGCUCCGAUACGACCAGCACUUAUAAAGAUCAGCGAUGGGCUUGGGGUCGCUUGGUUCUUCCCUCUUGUGAUUCUCGCUUCGCUUCUUUUAAAGCCAACCUUCGUCCAGAGUUGUUUCUGGAUAUGGCAAAGCCUUGCGCGUCAACAACCCAGAAGACCCACCAUUGAUCGAGAUGCCAGCUUCUGACAAGUACAUUGACCCGGAGGUCAGGUUCAGCACAGCAGCCAGCCUGAUCCUCCCCCCAGGGAGUCACUCAUGUUGUUUCUGU